AUGUCAAUCCCACAAGAAUGCACUGUUUUGGUAGUAGGUGGCGGGCCUGGCGGGUCUUAUGCUGCCUCAGUUCUGGCAAGGGAAGGUAUUUCCACCGUCUUGUUGGAAGCUGAUUUUUUUCCUCGGUCAGUCAAGAAUGGGGCAUCUUUCAGCUACAACAGCAAGCCCGCAGCAUACACAAACUUCCUUGCGUUUGGAGGACAUGCUUGGAAUGUUGUCCGUUCUGAGUGCGAUGAAAUUCUUUUCGAGCACGCUAAAGAUAGUGGGGCCAAAGUAUUCGAUGGAGUCAAGGUCAACGCGGUCGAAUUCAAGUCAAUUGGCUGCCAGAAAGGCCAUGGUGAUUCGGAGCCAGAACGUCCCGUGUCAGCUUCCUGGAGAUCCAAGGACAAAAGCGCCAGUGGUACGAUAAAGUUCGACUACCUAGUGGAUGCGAGUGGCCGAGCUGGUCUCAUCAGUACCAAGUACAUGAAGAACCGCAGUUACAAUGAGGGUCUCAAAAACAUUGCCACAUGGGGAUAUUUCAAAGAUGCUGGGACAUAUGGGAAGGGUACCCCUGCAGAAGGUGAUCCGUUUUUCCUCGUCUCAAAGCAGACCAGCUUCACAGCAAGAAAGAAGGCAAUGAAAUCACCGAAUACGAAGGACUUUUUUAUGCAGAACGUACAUGAUGCCCCAAUGAUCUCUGAACUAAUCGAAAAUGCCGAGCUUAUUUCUGAAAUCAAGUCUGCCACCGACUGGUCAUACAGCGCCACAAAAUACGCUUGUCCCUACAUUCGCAUUGUUGGAGAUGCCGGGUGUUUCAUCGACCCUCUGUUCUCUUCGGGAGUACAUUUGGCAUUUACUGGAGCUCUGUCUGCUUCUGCCUCAAUCUGCGCGGCGAUCAAAGGAGACUGCAGCGAAGAGAUAGCAGCUAACUGGCACUCGGAGAAGAUCAGAGAGUCUUAUACGAGGUUUCUGCUUGUGGUAACCAGUGCAUACGCCCAAAUCACAGGGCUGGAGAGUCCUGUAUUGAAUGAGUAUGACGAAGAAAACUUUGAUCGUGCUUUCAGCUUUUUCCGACCCAUUAUCCAAGGAACCGUGGAAGUAGGUGGAGAAAAGUUGAGUACAGAGGAAGUGGCCGAUUCAGUGGAAUUCUGUAUGCGCGUGAUUCGCAAGGUAGACGGCACUAUGAAAAUGUUCACAGAUAGAGAGGAGCUGGGCAAAGAUAAGUUGGGCGAGCUAACCUGUGAUCGCAUCAAGAAAGAGGAGCUCAAGUUGGAUCUGAACAAAUUUCGCGAUGAUAUUGUACAAGGAAUGACGGUCAAUCUUCAGCAAGGGGCCCUUGGACUAAUUCAAGCUGCUUCAUAA